AUGCCCAAGAAACACAAAUCCCCAUCCAUAAAACCCACGCCUGCCGCUCACCCUUCUCUCCAGUCGACGAGGUCUUCCAGCCAUGGUCACACAACAACAGGUCAAUCAUCGGUCAAUGACAUCCUCCAGCAGAUGCGAAAUGCGUCCGCCAACGCCGCGGGCUCACGACAAACGAGACUAGCGCCUAGGACAGUUCAUCCAUCUCUCAGAAAUAUCCUAGAACUCCCUGAGACGCCUCCUCCCCGGCCUCGACCAGCCACAUCCCGCCAGGCAGUUGGACAGCGAAGAGUCCGCCGAACGCCAGGCCCACCUCCUCCUCUCAGCUGGAUAACUCCGAAUACGGGAACAAAUGCUGGCCUAGAUUCCCCCAGCGGGGGAUCUUUGGGAAACCGUGGCGUCAAGUUUGGCCGUCGACUCGAUCGUCUCCCCGGCACAAGGAUUCCACCCAAGGACAGCCUACUGCACACCACACUCCGGUUUAUGGCCAGAAGUUGGGAUUGGCAUCUUUUAUAUGAUGGAGCUUUUCUGUCAACUUUACCAGUAUCUAUCAGACAACUUUUGUUGACGUAUAUAGCCGUCUAUACGGAUCAUUUGUCCAUGGAGGUCAGUAUGAAAGGCUUGGAACCUCUAUUCCUAGCCCAGGAAUCCGGCCCGGAAGACAUCGCAGAAGUGACGCGGCUAGACCUUGGGUUUUCUAUUGGAUACUGGCUCAAUUUAAAACAACUCUCGAAGAUUGUCAAGGGCAAUAUACCAAAGGAUAAAGAGUGCAUCCCUGUUCCUACAUCGUGGGAGGAAGAGGCCGAUGGAGAGACACAAAAUCUUACUCCCCAGAGUCCAAGUCAGCCCGAAUUGCCUGGCUUUAGCAACAUCAGAUUUCUCUCUUUAGCAUCACCAACUCUGGAAGCUGCAAGCUGGGUUUCUCUUCUGAAACUACUCUCUCAUAUCCCAUCGUUAACCCAUCUCUCUCUUGCUUACUGGCCUACUCCAACCUUGAAGCCCAAUGCUCUCACAGCCAGCGUGAGCCAUCCAAAGCACCGUUCACUCUCUUUUCAGUAUGGAGCCUCAGAUACAUAUACCUCCUAUGAGAAUAAUUGGACCGAGGCAUCCAUUGUUCUAGCAAAGCUGUCAAGAACAACGUAUGGCCUUAAAUGGCUUGAUCUUGAGGGCUGUACUGAGUGGAUCCCCGCGUUGUGCUGGAAUGGAAUUGAUAUCUAUGGCCAGUCCCACAGUGCGUCAGGUCCAGAAUGGAACGGUUCUUGGAGAGGAAUAGAAUGGAUAGGACUUGGCCCUGGCUGGGUCCCUGAGGCUCCCGCCCUACAUAAUAUAUCCGUUACGGAAGAUGAUGAAGACAUUGUGGCAAAGCAACAAGACAGAUUCCGCAAAGAACAGGAAUCCUUUAAAACCACGCUCGAGAGGGUCAAGGAUGUUGGGAAGAGCAUUCAAACUGCAAGAAUAGAAGGGCGUGGGAAAUGGAUACAUUAUUCUGAUGGAUCAGAGAGACGAGGCUGA